UAAUAAAGUUUCCGAGGGGCAGCGCCUGCGUACGAGCCCUCGUCGACCCUCCGCUUUCUCAAAGGACCUCGUUGGUAAUGUAGUUUCUGGGCUCGGCGUCUGCCCUGUGCAACCCCUGCAGACCCCUCUUCUGCAGAUUCCCGCGGCCCGUGCAGACCCCUGCAGCCCAGACGAAGGUUGCCAGAGCUGCUGGCACGCAGGUGCCUGAAGGACUUCUGCAAUGCUCCAGAAACCCAAGACCGUGAAGCUGCGGGCCCUGCGCAGCCCGAGGAAGUUCGGGGUGGCAGGCAGGAGCUGCCAGGAGGUGCUGCGCAAGGGAUGUCUCCGGUUCCAGCUCCCUGUGCACAGCUCCCGGUUGUGUCUUUACGAGGACGGCACAGAGCUAACGGAAGACUACUUCCCUAGCGUCCCUGACAAUGCUGAGCUGGUGCUGCUCACCUCGGGCCAGACCUGGCAGGGUUAUGUGAGUGACAUCGGUCACUUCCUCCGUGUGUUUCAUGAGCCCCAUGCGGAGGUCAUCCGGGCCGCCCGACAGCUGCUGUCUGGUGAGCAGGCUCCGCUGAGGCAGAAGCUGCUGGCCGACCUCCUGCACAACGUCAGCCAGAACAUCUCAGCCGAGACCCGGGCAGAGGACCCGCCAUGGUUUGAAGGCUUGGAGUCCCGGUUUCGGAGUAAACGUAGCUACCUGAGGUACAGCUGUGAGAGCCGGAUCCGGACCUACCUGAGAGAGGUGAACUCUUCUGCCUCCUCGGUGGGUGCAGAGGCCCAGGAGGAGUACGCGCGGAUCCUGGGUGCCAUGUGUGAGAAGCUCAAGUCCGUGCAGUACAACGGCAGCUACUUUGACAGGGGCGCAAAGGCCAGCAGCCGCCUUUGUACACCGGAAGGCUGGUUCUCCUGCCAGGGACCUUUUGACAUGGACAACUGCUUGUCAAGACACUCCAUCAACCCCUACGGGAACAGAGAGAGCAGGGUCCUCUUCAGCACCUGGAACCUGGAUCACAUAAUAGAAAAGAAACGCACCAUUGUCCCCACGCUGGCCGAAGCCAUCAAGGAGCAAAAUGGGAGAGAAAUAGACUGGGAGUAUUUUUACAGCCUGCUUUUCACCUCCGAGAAUCUAAAGCUGGUGCACAUCGCCUGCCACAAGAAAACCACCCACAAGCUCGGCUGUGACCCAGGCAGAAUCUACAAGCCCCAGGUGGGGCUGAAGCGGAAGGGGCCUGCCCGAAAACCCCGGCAAAGUGCUCGCACCGCGUUCUCAUCCCUCUGUGAGGCCUGAUGUGGGAGCGUAAUUUUAAGAGGUGCCAAUGACGGCACCUGUGGCUCAAGGAGUUGGAUGCCAGCCCCAUAUGCCAGAGGUGGUGGGUUCAAACCCAGCCCCGGGCCAAAAGCUGCAAAAAACAAAAA